UUAGGUGGGCCUACGUGGGAUUUUCAAUUAGGCAGAAGAGACUCAACCACAGCAAGUUUAAGUGCAGCAAACAACGACCUCCCAGGACCUUCUUUGGAUCUUUCCGCCCUCAUAUCUGCCUUCGCAAAGAAAGGCUUUACUGCCCAUGAAAUAGUUACUCUCUCGGGAGCUCACACCAUAGGCCAAUCCGGGUGUCGAUUCUUUCGAAAUCGUAUCUACAAUGAGAAAAACAUCAACACUAAAUUUGCAACGCUUCGGAAAUCAAACUGUCCAAGAACCAGCGGCGACAACAACCUCACCCCUUUUGAUGUUACCAGCCCUGUUCUUUUCGACAACGCUUAUUUCGGUGAUUUGGUGAUAAAAAAAGGCCUCCUGCAUUCUAACCACAACUCUUCAACAAUGGUUCCACUGACUCUCAGGUCAUCACUUACAACAUCAGCCAAGCAACUUUCUUCAUAG